UUCAGAAAAAUUCCGUGUUUACACUUCCAAUUGUGCCUUUGUUUAACUAAAAAUGAGCCUGGUUUGUUUAAGUUGGCGGGACUGUGCGCACGCGCUACGUUUUGUUUAACCAUACUGUCAAAUUUUUCCAAAAAAUAAAACCAUUUUUUGCGAUGGUUUUGACUAAAGAAUACCGAAUUUGUAUGCCGAUUACGGUCGAAGAGUAUCAAGUGGGGCAACUGUACAUGAUCGCGAGGCACAGUUUGGAGCAGUCGGGGGAUGGCGAAGGGGUUGAAGUGGUUGAAAAUCGGGAAAUUGACGACCCGGAGCAUGGCAAAGGCCAGUUUACCGAAAAAAGAAUUCACUUAUCAAGCCGUUUGCCUUACUGGGUGCAGGCCAUUAUACCUAAGAUAUUUUACGUGACGGAGAAAGCGUGGAAUUAUUACCCGUACACUAUCACAGAAUAUACGUGCUCAUUUAUUCCACGUUUUCACAUUGAAAUUAAAACCAAAUAUGAGAAUAACAACGGCAGUACCGAAAACUGUCUUAAUUUAACUCCUGAACAACUUGCCGAACGCCUAGUCGACCACAUUGACAUAGCCUACGAUGAAGUGAGCCCCAAACACUACAAAGAGGAAGAGGACCCGCGUUUUUUCCAGUCGAAAAAAACGCAAAGGGGGCCCCUGGUGGAGGGCUGGCGGGCUAACUACACCCCAAUCAUGUGUUCGUAUAAAUUAGUAAAUGCCUCGUUUGAGGUUUUUGGCCUCCAGACGAAAGUCGAGGAUUUUAUCCAUUCGUGUAUUCGCGAGGUGCUGUUGCUGGGGCACAGGCAAGCCUUUGCGUGGAUUGACGAAUGGAUAGAAAUGUCGUUGCAGGAUGUGCGUGAAUACGAGGCGAAGUUGCAAUCUCAGACCAAUUCGCUGCUUGCUGAUAAGGUCGGGGGCGGCGAUACAGCCGCCCAGGAGUCCCCCAAAAGCCCCAAGUCGCCCCAGAAAAAGGGCUAUUUUUCGUGGUUCUAGCAUCAGGAGGUUACGUUAGAGGAUUGUUGCGUUUUUGUUCUUUUUUUGUUACUUCAUGUUUAGUUGCUUUUGUUUAACUAGUCAAAUGUCUGCGUCAUUUGUUAUCGCUUGACGUUUAGGAAAUUUUUAUUUAACGAAUUUUAGGUGCACUCUGGACCAGGGCGUUUCUCCUCAAUUUUUUGUAUGUAUGUAGUGUAGAAGUGAGAAUAGUUGUGUAAAGGGGAUUUUUGUCUCCAACUUCCUCGUUUAUCGUGAUUAAUACCUACGUUGUAUUGUUGGAAAAAUAAAAUUUCACACGGAAAA